UAGGAAGAGGAAGUGAGAAGGGCUGCUGAAAGCCCCAUGAUGUACUCUGCAAGCUUCACAGAGCUAUGAGAAGGGGAAGUACAAACAGCAGACGAGCUCGACAAGCACACGCCUGAAAACAGAGACGAUAGCAGAUAUCAUUUUCUCCAAAUAGGUCUGAUCAGAGGAGUUGCAAGAUGGCUCACAGCUGCCUCAAGUGUUUAAAGUACACCAUGUGUGUCGCCAACUUACUUUGCUUUAUCUGUGGUGUGUCUGUGCUGGGCUUCGGCGCCUACAUGAUGGUGAAUUUAAGGUUCGCUGCUCUUACCCCCUCACUGGCCAGCUUCAACAUAGCCAACAUCCUGCUGAUCACCGGCAUCAUCAUCACCUGCGUGUCCUUCCUGGGAUUCCUCGGUGCACUAAAGGAGAACCGCUGUCUCCUCCUAUCGUUUUUCCUGAUGCUCUUCCUCAUGAUGCUCUUGGAACUGACUGCAGCGUGUCUGCUACUUGUAUACGAGGAUCAGAUUGGUAAAAUGGUGGAGAAAGAUCUGAGAAACGGCUUGAAUGUUGCAAAAGCAAAUUCAACACAUUCAACAAAUUCAACCCGAAGUGACUGGGACCUUGUUCAGAAAACACUUGACUGCUGUGGAAUCAAUAAUGUAACAGAUUGGGGAAACAACGUGCCGGAAUCCUGCUGUAAGCCUGAGGAAUCCUCUUGUAAAAAUCAUAAAUACAGAGAAACGGGUUGUUUGUUAAGGGUGAAGACUUUUUUUGAGGACCAUUUCCUAACCAUUGGGGUCUCUGUCAUUGUCCUCUGUAUGAUUGAGGUUUUGGGAAUGUGCUUUGCCAUGACACUGUUCUGCCACAUUAGCAGAACUGGACUGGGCUACAAGUUCUGAAUAUAAUACCUUCAAACAUGAUCUUCACAUUUUACAGUAAAUAUCACUGUAAAGUUCUUUAGGAACUAAAGAGGAAAAGUUUAUGGAAAAAUUCCUUAAAAUGAGAAAACUAUUUUCCUAAACUCUUGCUUAAAGCUUAAACCUGUUUAUGUACCUGAAUAUAAAGUAUAAGUGUAAAUUUGACCUUCAGUGACACUGAGCUUAAUAGUAUGCACUAUUCCAUUUCAGGUGAAGCUGUGUGCUGAGCUCAGUUGUGUAUAGAAUUUGCUUGUUGCCAAGUUUAUCUUAAUGUCUGUCAAAAAAUUUUUUAAAACUGUUUCUGUAAAAUAUUACCUUUGUACUAGUCUUUAAUAAACUACUUACUGACAAGAAA